CCAUUGUAUAAAAAUGGCAUCGAAUGCAAUUUAACUGUCAGUCUUCGAAAACUAUGACAUGCCAACUGUUCAUCGCAUUAACUUUAACUAUAAUAAUUUAUGCGGCCAUCUCAGAAUCCGCUCAUCAAAGGAGAAAACGUCCCAGAUUAGUACAAUUAAGGCCAUGCGAAUGUGAAGGUCUGGAUUGCAACUGCUGCGCUACCAUCGACGUUGGGAAUGGCCCAAAUCGUGACGUUUGCGCGAAAUUUAUGUUAAAUCCGAACGAAGUGACAUUUAAAGGAAGCUUGACAAUGGAUGGGAACGUUUUAUUCGCCGGACAAUUAGAUCCUAGCAUUGCUCCAAUUUGUACUGCACCAGUAGUAGGUAUUUGCUUGGCUAUAAAUCACGUCGAUGUGCAAAGAAGACAAGUUUGCACCAAAUUGUACGUACUUUUUCUUACGCUGGCGAAGUUUCCCUGUGUCGGUGCCGAAGAUGGAAAAUUAAUAGUAGAACCGAAUAAUUACAGUUGAAACAUUUGGUUUACAUUAAUUGGUUUGUUAAUUACUUUAAUAAGAAAAAUAA